AUGCAAGCAAGAUUUGAAGCACAAGCAGAAGCAGAAGCAUCAGCUCAAGAACUAGCUGACAUCAUCAAAAUAAUAUCAGACUCCUUGGUUCUAUUCGUGAUCAAAGGAAUUUACUACUUGGUAGAUCUAAGCUUCGAAGCACUACUAGGAAGCACGGUAUUCGAAAAAUUCAUCAACUCCCUUAUCCAAGUAGGAACACCUCCAUUUGACGCUUCGCGACAUCUAACCAUACCGAUAGGUGACGAAAAAAGCAUUGAACAAUUUGCACGCGGCCCAGGCCUAAGAAAGAGAUUAGAACGAGAAGUGCAAAUAAAUGAGACGUGCAUAAAUGGGCUACUUACAAAACGCCCUGCGACUGGAUUUCUAGCUGCCGCCCGGGGAGAAAAUGCGCUCCAAAUCUACCUCUGCAGCGCCUUCAAUCAAUUAGCCACUCACAACGCUGCCAUAUUCAUAAACCACAAACCCUAGCGCGACGAUUAGUACCAAUUAAGAGAAAGAAAAAACCCCGCACGCCAACACCGCCUAAAACCCCAGGUCGAAAAAGUGGACUCUUUGCUCUUGUACGGGAUUCUGUCCAAAAUUCAAAUGCAUUACAAAGGCUUACCGCUUUACUGCCAGUAUCUUUCCAGACUUCAGGGUCAAUGCAAGGACCCGACGGGGCCUCAUCAAUCAACCAGUACUCCUUUAUACCUAGCAAAUUUCUAGAAUUUAAUGCUGAUGGAGUGGUUGUAUUUAAAUUCGAUGAAAAUGCUCCAGACAAGCAAACCAAUACUUGGGAGUGUCUUAACUGGAAGAAGUUCACUGAAGAGCAACGGGAUCGGGCACUUAUGUUGUACCUCAGUACAUGCACAGAAUGCUGGCAUACCAAGCAUUUUGGUUUUGUGAUUGAUGAGGCGAAAGCUCUUACUUUUAAAAGUUUGGAUGAGGCCGUCGAUUAUAAGGAGAUCAUGGGUAUCUUGCAUGUUUUAGCCCGUGACCUAGACGGCGCAGCCCAGCAAGAACAGAAUCGCAUUUUGACUUGGUUCCUGGAGAUAUGGGAGGAAUUGGAAGCCAAGCAUCUCCAUGAAUUGACAACUAUCUACGCGACUAUGGAAGAUGAAUUUCGUCUGUCUCAAGACUUCAGACGUAUCUUGGCCGGCAAAGCCCGAAUCCUCAGAGAGAUCAAUGUUUUUCGCCAGUUAUCAUUGGAAGAUGUAGUAUUUCUUCUUUUCAUAAUAAAAAUACGGAGAAUUCGUGCGUUGGGAAUAGGGAAAGCCUUAGCGGAGAAAAAAAUGGUGGAGGAAAAUUUCGCCAAGGAAAUGAUUGUAGAGGAAAUAAUAAAGGAAAUAAUGACAGCGGAAAUAAUGGCAGAGGAAAUAACAGAGUUAGAAAUGGAAGAGUAUGCUCUGGGGAAGGAAGGCGAAGCGAAAGAAAUGCCUAAAUUUAGAGAAAAGCGGGAGGCAAAAGACCAGAAGAGACAAAUCCGGGAGGAAUAUGCCAGGAGAAAAGCUACGGAAGCUCGUUCAAAAGAAGCAGACGAAUUCGUGGAAAAUGAGGUAAGGCCCGAAAGUGAAAGCGAGAGGGUCCGGUUAAGACGCGAUUAUGAUAUCGUAGAUGACCUGCAGGAGGGUGGAUAUGGAAUGCUAGCCUCGUGGGUGAUGACCAGAGAUUUCGCCAUUGGCGACCUUCUAUACGAAGUAUAUCAACACAUGAAAGCUAAUCUACAGUCUAAUAUUGAUGAGAGUCACCCGGAUUUCCAGGCUAAAAGUCUUCAGAAGCAGGAGAAAUCCGCUGUGGAUAUGAAUGACGAUGAGGAGCCCUAG